GCCGGCGCCCCCCGGGAGCUCGGGAAGGGGGGGACCGGCGGCAGGGACAGGGACAGGGACGCGGCCAGCGCGCCGUGCCAGGUGGCCGGGGUGACAUUUGCUCCGUCCCUGCCGUGGGGACAGCUGCUUCCUGGCUCUGCCAUCUGAACCGGCCCCGGAACGGAAACCCGGGGGGGGCUCAGCCCCCCCAGCCCCGGCGGCAGCAGCUGGGGUUGGGGGGGGCCGUGGCACUUGGGGGGGGCACUGCUGGUGACCCCCAAAGCCUCUGUGGCAAUGGGGGUGGCGCUGGGUGACCCCACUGAGCAAGAACCGGGGGCCACGUUUUGGGGGGCUGGAGCAUGGUGGGGGGUGGGGUGUAAAGGCCUCAUUAGCAUAUCUAAUUACUGAUUUCUUUUUGGCGUGGGGCGCCUUCUGAACGAAAAAAAAACCCAAAACCCGGCAUGAGACCGAUGGGGGGGGGACGCGGAUAUCGGGAUUGUGCCGGGGAGGGGAGUCCCAAAAAGUCGCAUUUUCAGGGAUUUCGUUGUUGGUGUCCCCUGCCUUUGCCACCCCCACCCCUGUGUGUCCCCCCCUUCCCAAUGUCCCCCCAUUCUCCAGUGUCCCCGCUCAGUGUCCCCCCCUUUCCCAGGGUGUGUCCCCCUUCCCUGGUGUCCCUCCCUUCUUGAUGUCCCCCCCAUUCCCGGUGUGUUCCCCCCCCCCACUCCCCGUGCCCCCCUCUUUCCCAUUUUCCUCCUAAGGGCUUUACGAGGCUGGGGGGCCCGGGGGGAACUGUCCCCCUGUCCCCGCUGUCCCUCUGUCCCCGCUCCGUGUCCGGGGGGGGUCUCACCGGUGGCUUUCCCGUGGGGUGCCGCUCGGGGGGUCCCAGGGGUGCCCCCCCCGGGUCCCCGGCUGCGGUGACAGCUGCCGGGGUGGGGGGGGUUGGUGGCUCCGGUUACGGUGACAUCAGCCCUACCUUCCCACCUGGCGCGGGCGGGGGGCACGGGCCCCCUCCCCCGGGGGUCGCGGGGGGUUUGACGUGACAGCUGAGCCCCCAGCGCCGCCGGGGCGUCCCCGAGGGGGGGGUGGCACCCCCGGGCACGGGACCCGCGAGUGCGGGACCCCCCUGGCAGCGGAGGGGACAGCGGUGACACAGGGCAGCGGCGGAGGCGGCCGGAGCGGCUCAGCAGCGCCUUUGUCACCCAGUGACAAACCACCGGCAUGGCCCCAAUGCCCGGCGACACCUGAGGCUUUGGGGUGCUCCGGGGGGGGUUCCCGGUGCGUGCUGCCCCUGCCAGCCCUGCCCGUGCCCGCAGGUGCCCAGCCGGGCCGGGGGCCACCAUGGCACCGCCACCCCGCGUCCCCCUGCUGCUGCUGCUGCUGCUGGCGGCCGAGAGGACGGCGAGGGGCACCUUCCCCGAGGAGCCCGGCCCCAUCGCCGUGGCCCCCCCGGACUAUGUGAAGCACUACCCCGUGUUCGUGGGGCACGGCACCGCCCGGCCGGGGGGGCCCGAGGGGGGGGGCAGCCAGCGCCUCAACAUCCAGCGCAUCCUCAAGGUCAACAGGACCCUCUUCAUCGGGGACAGGGACAAUGUCUAUCGGGUCAGCCUGGAGCCCAGCGGGGCCGCUGAGAUGCGCUACCACCGGAAACUGACGUGGCGCUCGAACCAGCACGACAUCAGCAUCUGCCGGAUGAAGGGCAAGCACGAGGCAGAGUGCCGAAAUUUCAUCAAGGUGCUGCUGGUGAGGAAUGAGAGCCUCCUCUUCGUCUGUGGCACCAACGCCUUCAACCCCGUCUGCGCCAACUACAGCAUGGACACGCUGGAGCCCGUCGGGGACAACAUCAGCGGCAUGGCCCGCUGUCCCUACGACCCCAAGCACGCCAACGUGGCCCUGUUCACAGGGGGGAUGCUCUUCACCGCCACGGUGACGGAUUUCCUGGCCAUCGACGCCGUCAUCUACCGCAGCCUCGGGGACAGCCCGACCCUGCGCACCGUCAAACACGACUCCAAGUGGUUCAAAGAGCCCUACUUCGUGCACGCCGUGGAAUGGAGGAGCCACGUCUACUUCUUCUUCCGCGAGAUCGCCAUGGAGUUCAACUACCUGGAGAAGGUGGUGGUGUCACGGGUGGCCCGGGUGUGCAAGAACGACAUGGGGGGCUCGCAGCGGGUGCUGGAGAAGCAGUGGACGUCCUUCCUCAAGGCCCGGCUCAACUGCUCCGUGCCGGGCGAUUCCCACUUCUACUUCAACGUCAUCCAAGCCGUGACGGACAUCCUGGAGCUGGACGGGCGCCCCGUGGUCCUGGCCGUGUUCUCCACGCCCACCAACAGCAUCCCCGGCUCCGCCGUCUGCGCCUUCGACAUGACCCAGGUGGCCGCCGUCUUCGAGGGACGGUUCCGGGAGCAGAAGUCACCCGAGUCCAUCUGGACACCUGUGCCGGAGGACAUGGUGCCAAAGCCACGGCCCGGGUGCUGCGCGUCCCCGGGGAUGCGCUACAACUCCUCCAGCGCCUUCCCCGACGAGAUCCUCAACUUCGUCAAGACGCAUCCGCUGAUGGACGAGGCGGUGCCGGCCCUGGGCAACGCCCCCUGGAUCCUCCGCACCAUGACCCGGUACCAGCUCCGUAAGAUCGUGGUGGACAACGCAGCGGGGCCGUGGGGCAACCACACCGUGGUGUUCCUGGGCUCCAGCACCGGCACCGUGCUCAAGUUCCUCAUCCUGCCCAACGCCACCAGCAGCCCCGCGCCCGCCGCCCCCGGCAGCCAGAGCGUCUUCCUGGAGGAGUUUGAGACCUACCAGCCCGGGAGGUGUGGCCGGGACACGGAGGACGAGCGGCGGCUCCUGGGGCUGGAGCUGGACAAGGCUGCGGGGUCCCUGCUGCUGGCCUUCCCCCCGUGCGUGGCCAGGGUGCCCGUGGCUCGCUGCCAGCAGCACUCGGGCUGCAUGAAGAACUGCCUCGGGAGCCGGGAUCCCUACUGUGGCUGGACACCCGAGGGCUCCUGCAUCUUCCUGGAGCCCAGCCCCAGGGCGGCCUUCGAGCAGGACAUCGCCGGCGGCAGCACAUCCCACCUGGGCGAGUGCGAGGGGCUGGUGACGGAGAGCUUCGUGGACGAGCCGGACGGGCUGGUGUCGGUGAACCUCCUGGUGAUCUCCUCCGUCGCCGCCUUCGUCAUCGGCGCCGUGAUCUCCGGUUUCAGCGUGUGCUGGUUCAUCGGGCACCGGGACCGCAAGGAGCUGGCGCGGCGCAAGGACAAGGAGACGAUCCUGGCGCACAGUGAGUCGGUGGUGAGCGUCAGCCGCCUGGGCGAGCGGCGGGCUCGCGGCGCCUUGCUGGCCCCGCUGAUGCCCAACGGGUGGCCCAAGGAGCUGGCCAAGGUCACCCAACACGACCUGGACUCGGGGGUGCUGCCCACGCCGGAGCAGACCCCGCUGCAGCAGAAACGCUGCCCCGGAGCCCUCCAAAACUGCACCUGGGAGCAGAGUCACAACAUCAUCAACGCGGCUUUGCGGGACCCUGGCGGCUCCGGGCCCGCGGGCGCCGGGCGGGGGCACGGCGGCUCCGGCCGCCCGCCGCGGGGCAUCCCCCUCUCCUGCCACGCCAUCCUGGUGGACCAGGAGCUGGAGGCCGAACUCAGCGACUCCUCAGGGGACGGGCAUUGGGCUCGAGACCCCCAGGAGGGUCCCCGCACCCGGCAGCACCCACCCGCCGGCGCCCGCCGCCCGCCCCGCGGCUCCUACGGCGACUUCGGGGGGACGCCGCACCCCAGCCCCGAGCGCCGGCGGGUGGUCUCGGCGCCCAGCGGGGAGGGGGGAGACUUUACCGAGGGGCCGCCCUGGCACCCCGAGCAGCUGAACUUCAAUGCCAACAACGGCACGGGCCGCCCCGGCGCCCACCUCAAGAGGAACCACACGUUCAACAGCGGCGAGGCGGCGGCGGGCGGCUACGGGCGGCACGGCACGGCGGCCCGGGCAGCGCGGGCACCGGGCACCCCGCGGCCGCUCACGGACCUGCAGCACCUCCUGCGCUACGGCGUGGAGCGGACUCCCUCGGGAAAAUAGGGUCCCAGCCUGUGUGCGUCCCCCUCGCCAGGACACCGAUGGGGGCCCCGGCUCCCUGGGGACACGGAGGGGUGGCCGGGCAGGAGCUGCGGGCAGGGGGUGAGGUGCGGCAUGGGUGAGGGGGGCACAGGCACCCCCUGGGUGCCCCCCGGAGAGGGUUUGGGGGUGUGCCCGGCUGGCGUGGGGCAGUGCCCCGCGCUCCGGCUGCGUUGUCCCAUGUGCCAUCCACCGCGUCCCCUCCCCGGGCUGGAGCAGCACCCGGGGAGGGGCAUCCCUGGGGGGCAGCAGGAUGGACACACGGACACGGGCACCGGGCUGUGCCCCCCCCCAGCCCGCAGUGGCACCCGGGGGGCCUUUUGGGUGCUGCCAGCCCCCUGGGGACACCCGGCCGGGGGUGCACUGGUUGUGGUGAGGGAACCUGGUGAACAUUUUGGUGCGGGGGGCUGGGGGCCCCCCGAAUGUGGCGUUAUCUGGGGAUGGGGCACACUCCCACCCCCAGUCUGGGGUCAGCCCUUUCCCAGUGCCAGCCUGGGGGUUGCCCAUCCUUCCCCCCGCCCCCCGGCACCCCCUCCUGGAAAGCACAGCCGGGGUGGGGGGGCACCGCGGGGGGGUCCCCACCGAACCCACUCUCUGCUGGCAAAGGGUGCCCUUUCGGUGCCACCCCUGCCCGGCAUCCACCCGGGGUGGCGUGUCGCGGGGGAGUGGCGGGUCCCCGGGGGAUGGCAGGUCCCCAGGGGGUGGCAGGCUGUAAAUAGGGCAGGGGGCGGCGGGAGCCCCCCCCCCCCCAGCGGCCAUGCAUGCGGCCGCCCGCGGGCUGUACCCCGCGGCCCCAAUAAACACCCGGUUACCGGA